AUGGCCGCCGUCCUGGAAGCUAAUACCAUCUUUGCCCUGGACCUUCUGAAGAAGCUGGGGGAAAACAAUUGCAACAACGUAUUCCUCUCACCCCUGAGCAUCUCCUCUGCCCUGGCUAUGGUCUACAUGGGGGCCCGGGGCAUCACGGCGAAGGAGAUAUCCCAGGCCCUCAGUUUACACCUGGUCAGCGGUGACAUGCGCCAGGGCUUCCAGGAAAUUAUGGGCAUCGUGAAUAAUCUGGGUGCCCAGUACCAGCUCAAGAUGGCCAACCGCCUUUUUGGAGCCAAUACCGUUGAGUUCUUCUCCUCUUUCAAGGACUCCUGCCUCAAAUUUUACCAAGCCGAGAUGGACCUGCUGGAUUUCGCUCAGGCUGCCGAGGAGUCCCGGAAUCACAUCAACUCUUGGGUUGCCCAGGAGACAGAAGGGAAGAUUACCGAGCUCCUGAAGCCUGGUAUGGUUAACUCAGAAACUGCGCUGGUUUUGGCCAAUGCCAUCUACUUCAAAGGACAUUGGGAGAGUCGGUUUAAGAAGGAAAACACUGAGGAAAUGCCCUUCAAAGUCAACAAGGAUGUGAGCAAGCCAGUGCCGAUGAUGUACCAGUCAGCCACCUUUAAAAUGACCUACAUCAGAGAGAUCUACAGUAAUAUCCUGGUGCUGCCCUAUGAGGGCGAAGAGGUGAACAUGAUCAUCUUGCUCCCGGACGAGGACAGGGACCUGAAAAAGGUGGAGGACAAUCUCACCUACGAGAAGUUCAAGCAGUGGACGCGAAUGGACAUGAUGAACGAAGAGGAUGUGGAGGUGCUGCUCCCCCGGUUUAAGCUGGAGGAAAACCAUGACCUGGAGGUCGUCCUGAGAAAGCUGGGUGUGACCCUGGCCUUCGACCAGGCUGCAGCCGACUUCUCGGGCAUGUCGCCCAAGCAGAAUCUGUGCCUGUCCAAGGUGGUGCACCAGGCCUUGGUGGAGGUGAACGAGGAGGGCACCGAGGCAGCAGCAGCCACUGGAGCUACAGUGAGGGUUCGCCGCGCUGGGGUCCUGUCUCGCUUCUGCGCCGACCACCCCUUCCUCUUCUUCAUCCAGGACCUCCGGACCCAAAACAUCCUCUUCUGUGGUCGCUUUUCUUCUCCCUGAGGGGCCCCUCAAGACCCUAAAGCUCACAACCCUGCCAGCUGUGCCCCUCUGCUGUCCCCUCUAUAAGGAAC